AUGUCGCCGUACGUGUCGCUUGCCAUCACUUGCCAUCAGCCCUGUGCUGUUGGUCUACUACCUUUUAUUGUCAGUUCCCUCGUAGCUGUGUUUGAUGAGCAAGAUCCACACCAUGGAGGUGAUGGCACCAGCGCCAGCUCGACAGGCACGCAAAGCCCCGAGAUUUUUGGCAGUGAGCUUGGCUCCAAUGCGGCAUCGGCCUUUCAGCCUUACCAAGCAACAAGUGAAAUUGAGGUCACCCCUUCAGUCCUUCGUGCAAAUAUGCCUCUUCAUGUCCGACGUAGUAGUGACCCUGCACUGAUUGGCCUUUCAACCUCUGUAAGUGACACAAAUUUUUCUUCAGAAGAGCCUUCAAGGAAAAACCCUACGAGGUGGUCCACAACAGCAGGCUUUCUCAAGCAGAACACCCCUGGCGUACCCAGUGCUCAUGAAAGAAAGAAAGAUGAAAACUACAGAAGCCUACCACGAGAUACUAGUAGCUGGUCUAACCAGUUUCAGAGAGACAAUGCUCGUUCAUCGUUAAGUGCCAGUCAUCCCAUGGUGGACAAGUGGCUGGAGAGGCAAGAACAGGACGAAGACCGAACAGAGGAGGAAAACAGCAGAGUUGAGCCUGUUGGACAUGCAGACACUAGUUUGGAGAGCACUACCAAUUUUUCCCUGGAUGAUAUGGUAAAGCUCGUAGAAGUCUCCAACGACGGUGGGCCUUUGGGAAUCCAUGUAGUGCCUUUCAGUGCCCGAGGCGGAAGAACCCUGGGACUGCUGGUAAAGCGAUUGGAGAAAGGUGGAAAAGCUGAACAAGAAAAUCUUUUUCGUGAGAAUGACUGUAUUGUCAGGAUUAAUGAUGGAGACCUUCGGAAUAGGAGAUUUGAACAAGCACAGCAUAUGUUUCGCCAAGCCAUGCGUACGCCCUUCAUUUGGUUCCACGUGGUCCCUGCAGCAAAUAAAGAGCAGUAUGAACAGUUGUCCCAAAGUGAGAAGAACACGUACUACUCCAGCCGCUUCAGCCCCGAUUCCCAGUAUGCUGACGGCAAAAGUAUUAACAAUUCUGGACUUCACACGUUACAAAGAAUGUCUCGAGCGGGUAACCAGUCUGAUCAGACAGACUCCUACUCGCAGCUACCUCAUAGUGUGAAUUCAUCAGGGAAACCACCCUCGGGCCUGGUACCAUCACCUCAGAAAGUUCUCACCUCCACUGCAAACAGUGGGUAUAACACCAAAAAGAUAGGGAAGAGGCUCAGUAUACAGCUGAGAAAAGGUACAGAAGGCUUGGGAUUUAGCAUUACUUCAAGAGAUGUCCCAAUUGGUGGCUCUGCUCCAAUUUAUGUGAAAAACAUCCUUCCAAGAGGUGCAGCUAUUCAAGAUGGGAGGCUAAAAGCUGGAGACCGAUUAAUUGAGGUAAAUGGAGUUGAUUUAACAGGCAAAACUCAAGAAGAAGUUGUGUCCUUGCUGCGAAGCACCAAGAUGGGAGGGACCGUUGGCCUUCUGAUUUUUCGACAGGAAGAAACAUUCCAUCCAAGGGAACUGAAUGCAGAACAAAGCCAGUCACAAAUUCCAAAGGAAACGAAAGCAGAGGAGGAGGAGCUUGUUCUCACACCUGAUGGCACCAGGGAAUUCCUAACAUUUGAAGUUCCACUGAAUGAUUCUGGGUCAGCUGGACUUGGUGUGAGUGUCAAAGGUAACCGGUCAAAAGAAAACCAUGCCGAUUUAGGAAUCUUCGUCAAGUCCAUUAUUAAUGGUGGAGCAGCAUCCAAGGAUGGCAGGCUUCGAGUGAACGAUCAACUAAUAGCGGUAAAUGGAGAAUCAUUACUGGGCAAAACAAAUCAAGAUGCUAUGGAAACCUUAAGGCGGUCAAUGUCCACUGAAGGAAACAAACGGGGGAUGAUCCAGCUCAUUGUGGCGAGGCGAAUAAGUAAAUGCAAUGAGUUGGAGUCACCUGGGAGCCCCUCUGGGCCGGAGCUGCCCAUAGAGACUCUGCUGGAUGACCGGGAGCGGAGGAUUUCCCACUCCCUCUAUGGCGGGAUCGAGGGCCUCAGUGAGUCGCCCACAAGGAACGUGGCACUGAGUAGGAUAAUGGGUGAGUCAAAUCAGCUCUGCUAA